AUGUCAGCGUACAACCAAAUAUGCUCCGUCCUGACAGCGGCUGCAUCUCCUCUUUCCGAGGUACGAAAGCCGGCUGACGAGCAGUUGAAAGCAUGGGAAAUUGAGCCUGGUUUUCAUUCGACUUUGCAGGCGGUUGCGUACGAUACGUCUCUUGAUAUUAGAAUCCGGCUGCUGGCCAUCAUUACACUCAAAAAUGGUAUCGACAAAUAUUGGCGAAAAACCGUGCGUGUCGGAGGCAUUCAACCUCCCGAAAAGUCUCAAAUCAAAAGCAAGCUUCUCACCACCUUUACAGAACCAAACGACAAACUCGCCAACUACAACAUACUCAUUAUAUCCCGCAUUGCCCGAUUAGAUUAUCCGAAUGACUGGCCGGAUUUGUUGCAUGUGCUUGUUGGGACGGUUGAGACGAGUUUUGCUGCCAAGGGGGAGGAGGUGGUCAAGGUGCGGGCUUUGAGUACGCUUUACGGGGUUGUCAAGGCGCUUUGUUAUUCAAUGAUGCCUGCGAGUCGCAAAAUGUUUCGAGAGCUCGCACCCCAGCUCCUUCAUUACACUGCAACCAUCUUUACAGACCGGUGCAACCACUUUAUAUCACUCUCAGAAGCCAUUGUCGCGAAUGCGGUUUCUGAUUACUCUGAGGCCGAAAGUGCCCUGCGAUUAGGGCUGAUUGCCUUGAAGGCGCUGCGACGCGUUGUUGUGUAUGGGUUCAAAGAGGUGGAACGCGUUCAAGAGGUGGUUGCGGUCUUUGGUGUGUUGCUGGAGUACUUGAAAAAGUUUUUGGUGUUGCGACCUGCAAUCCCACCUACGGCAACCCGACUUCACAAACUCGUGUCCUCCGCGGUUGUGCAGAUUGGAAAAGUCUAUCUGAACCUAGCGAACCAACAUGUAUCCGGAUUUGUUGUAAUGCCUGGUAGCAUGGAUGUUGUCAAAUACUACUGGAGUUUGGUGGAAAGUGGGGUCGGAAAUCGAGAGGACACGACAACGGAAAAGCUUCUCAUCCAGUCCCUCCGCCUCCUCAAAACCCUCCUUAGACCCCCAUCUGAGAAACACGACCCAUUGACCGCAACUCCUCCCGCUGACUCUCCCUCCAUCAAGGCUCUGAUUGGGCAGCACCUUUUGACACCUGAAUUCGUCCAGCGAGCUUGUGAGGUCUUGGUGGGGCGGUAUAUGGUCAUGACCAUGGAAGAGGUUGAGGUGUGGAAGGCGGAUCCGGAGGCAUGGAUUGAAGAGGAGGAGGCGGAUGCUUGGGAGUUUCAUUUAAGGGCCUGUGCAGAAAAAGUGUUUAUGGAUCUCAUGUCAACUAACCGUGCCGUAUUGCAGCCGGUUGUGAUGAACAUGUUGCGCAUGGUUGCUGACCCUUGCGAUCCUGCCGAUACGAACGCCAUCUUUCUCAAGGAUGCCGUAUAUUGCGCUAUCGGACUUGCCGCCCAUGAUUUAUACGAUUUAUUUAACACUACUUCAUCGCCGGAUUUCCAUGGCUCAUCUCCCACUGGCUCUCAAUCCAACCCCACACCAUCCCUUCGCCCGUACAUAUAUACCCUCUUAGUCCGUCUCAUGACACCACCCUACGACCUCGUCGUCCGACUCACAUGCAUAACAACGUUGAAAACUCUCGUGGACGACUUUGAAUUCGACCCAAAAACAUUUUACCCGUUCUUUGAUGUGUUUUUGAACGCGUUUUCUGGUAUUCUUGACGAUGUGGAUGGCGUUUCGAGUUGUGUGGGGGUUGUUGGGUGUUUGGGGGUUAUUAUAGAGAGGUUUCAAGGGGAGCUGGGUGCAUUUGUUCCGAAGAUUAUGGCGUUGUUGCCGAGGGUGUGGGAGGGGGCGGAAGGGCAGGAGAUGUUUCGGGCCUCGAUUGUGGUGGUUUUGCAGAGGCUUGUUGUGGCGCUGCGAGCGGAAUCGGUGCAACUCCACGAUUUUGUGAUUCCCGUUCUUUCCUUUAGUCUCAACGUUCAAAACCCGGCACAUAUUUACCUCCUGGAAGAUGCCAUUGAUCUCUGGCUAGCCGUUAUUCAGAAUACCCCGCGCUGUACACCACAACUUGCUGCUUUGCUUGAGUACGGUAUGGCGUUGUUAGAAUACGGAAGCGAGAGCUUGAAAACGGUGUUGAAGGUUGUGGAGAGUUACGUGGUUUUGGAACCGGUUGGGGUGUUACAGACGUACGCACAUCCUAUCCUCACACGCCUAUGCACUAUGCUUGGUUCCCUCCGCCCCGAAGCCUCCACUUCUAUCCUCCGCUGCUUGGACGUCAUCCUGCAGUCCUGCCACGCGUCUAACUGCUUCCACGCAAUACGCGACGUGUUGGUCCAAACUGGGCUGUUGGAGAAACUUGUGGGCGUCGUGGUGGAGGAUAAGGAGGUGGGCGUGGUGGUUGUCGGGUGUUUGGGAGUUGUUGGUCGGGUAGUUGUUUGCGAUGCUGCGGGGUUUGUGGGAGUUGUUGGUGCGUGGGUGAGUGCCUUGGUGGAUGCAUGGUGUGAUAAGUUUGAUAACAUGGGGUACGGCAAGCAACGGAAAUUGACUGCUAUGGCCCUCGCUACACUCUUUUCGACCGGUGCUCCAGACGUGUUUUCUCGGAUUCAGAACAUUUUGCCCGUCUUGUCGAGCGUUGCCAUUGAGUUACGGGAUUUGGACUCUGACCAAACAUUAAUCUAUACGUACGAACCCCGGACCGAUGACGAAGACGAUGCUUCUCUGGAUGCCCAGCGACGCAGGCUUCUCAUGGAGUCUGAUCCUGUGUCGGGGGUCGUGUUUGCUGGCUUUGUCAAGAAAUGUUUGGAGGAAUGUGAAAGCAAGGUUGGGCGGGAGGCGCUUUGGCAAGCGGUUGGUAGUGCUGGUGGAUUGGAUGCAUAUAAAAGCAUUUUCUAG